AUGACUCCCGAAGCGGCCAGAGAGCACGACCGUGACUGUCGCGAGAUGCAAACCCUUCUUGUUAUGGGCGGUGUGACCUUCUUCAUCACAAUCGUCAUAGUUCUCUCCAAAUUCGAUAUGUCAUCCGAAAGUGUUAUGAAUUAUGCUCCAAUCAUCUGGCUUAUUGGAGUUGUCGCGCUCGGAGCAAUCAUCAACACUGUCGAUUACUACAAAACGAAAAGACGAGAGAAAAGACUUCUAAAUAUGUUGCAGCAAAGCCUUCUUGCCGAGAUGGCGCUGCCUCAGUCAUUUCCAUGCUUAUUGCCAGGCCCUCAUGACGAAUGUUGCGGAGGACGCGGAAUUCCCAUUCGACCGCUUCCGACUUACGACGAAGUGUGUCAGGUCGAUGAGACGAAAUCAACACUUCCAGACUAUUCAACCGCAUUGUCUAUGCUCCAACGCGAAUCAAAUUGA